AUGAAUCCCCAGAGCGACCUGCUGCCGCCCCACGCCCACGGCCGCAAGUCGUCGCGCAGCGGCUCCAUCUCGUCGUCGUCGGUCGUCACGGUCAAGCGGUCAGCCUCGCUAUCGCUGGCGGCACCGGACGCGCACCUCCCGGACCCAUCCACCAAACCCCACCCGCGAGCCACACCGCCGCCAGCCCAGGCACGACGGCGGAGCAGCGCAGCCAACGGCGCAGCAGAAGGCAUUGGAGCAGAGAGGGAUCACCAAGCAUCGGGCACCUUGUCCACCACAAACGGCAACGUGAACCGCUGGUCCCAGAGCACCGCGGGCAGCACCCGUGAGCCCGACCAGCAACACUACCACCACCACCACCACCACCAACAACAACAACACCACUAUCAGCACCAGUACAGCUUCUCGCGCAAGCUGAGCCUCACCUCCCAGAGCCUCGUCAAUGGAGCUGCACCGCACCCCGUCUCGCCCCCCCGCACCGCCUCUAGGACGCAGGCCGCUUCUCGCUCGCCCACGAGUUCCCCCCGCGCGCGCCCGCGAUCCCCCGUAUACGAUUCUUCUUCUUCUUCCUCACUCCAGGCGGUGACGGCAGCACCCGCCCCCAGGAAACCCUCGCUGGGCCCAGUGCUGCUGCCCUCGUCCGUCUACGACCCAAAUACCCCGACGAGCGCCUCGACGACCAACUCGCCCUCGGCAUCCAGUCUCUUCACCCCGACGCUAAUCACCGGUUACCAGCAGCGGGAUUAUUUCAACUCCAAACCCGCCCCUGUGCCUCAGCCGCAGACGCAGCGCCCGCCCUCGCGCACCCACGUGGACAAGGUGCUGGGCAAGUCUCCCCUCGGGUCGCCAGGCCCGCACGACGCCGACGCAAGGUACGAGGUAACUCCGGGCUCAGCUCGGCCCUCUACAGUACGACCGCCUUCGGUCGCUGCAGCGGCAACUCGAGAUUCCGCCCAAAAGCCCCCACCCACUGUAGGCCACAGGCAGAUCGCCUCCCGCGACCAUUCCCGGACGCAGAGCAGAGAGCAGUUCCGCAGCGCUAGUCGCACCCAGGCCCGUAGCCCUACCAGAGAACACCUGCGCACCGAAAGCAACGCCAGCGCCAGACUGGAGGACGGCUACCAGGGCACUCCCCCUCGCACCCGCGAGCGGCGGGAAAAGGACAAGAAGACAAUGUUGUCCCGGGCCCUGCAAAAGGCAAACACGGCCGUCCUGCUCGACAAUGCACAGAACUUCGAGGGUGCCAUGGAGGCCGGCAAGUCAUUACCUGCUCGCCCCAUGAGCGGGGAGUCGCUGGACGAACACCGCUCAAUGCUUAUGCUCGACGACGACGAGCCCGCAGUGAUCCACACUGCUUCUGUAUCCCGUAUAGUCAACGACCCCUCUGUAUACGACAACCCCGAGCCCGAGAAGCGGGCCCCCUCACAACAAUCACUGCAAUCACAACAACUACCCUUCCGCAAGGGCCUCGAAAGUCCUCGUGAGUCAGUCAUAUCGACCGCCAUUCGGGAUGUGCAGAGAGGCCUCCAAACUCCACAAUUCAAUUUACAGCCUCCACCUGGCCGACUGGCCCCUUCCGCAUCCUCUGCGCGCUCCUCCGCUGCAGAGUCGGCAAUGGACCGCAUGUACAUGCCUCCGCCGCUGUCGCCAAACCGGUCAAAAUCACCACUCCUCACUUCCAAAUCGGAUCACGAAUCAAACGAGCCCAGUCGGUUACUACAACCCGAGCAGGCGGCUCAGGGGACCCACCGACGAGUGCAGAGCAACGAAUCAACAUCAUGGCUGGACACCAUAGACGAAUCCGGGGGAUCAUCGUGCUCGUCCUCGGUACAUUCAUUGUCACCAGAAGGAGUGCGCCGGAAACACCUACGAAACCCAAGCGGAGGGACCGAAGCAGAAUUUGACGCCGCGCUCGAUGCUGCCGUCGAAGCUGCGUAUGAUGAUGGCUACGAACCUUACGAUGACGAUUUAUCAACGCCAGGCGAUUUGAUAGCGACUAAACUGCGAAAUGUCGAACUAGCAAAGGAACGCGUACGUGAAGCAGAACGAGAAGAGGCUAUUUUGGCGGCCAGAUAUCGCUACAAGGAGACACAGCUCCGGAACGAUGCGUUACCCCACGUACGCGAAAGUGCCGAGAUGAGGUUCAAUGACGAGGCGGACGAGGAAGAGCGGUUACUAGAUGAGAUGACUAGGGAGUACAUGCUAGAUGGCUUUGACUUUGACCUACAGACCAAGUCAUCAUUACCCCGCCAGUCUGACUCGAGUGGCUUUUCUGGAAGCACGUACAACAGCUCAGUGUCCUCGCACAGGACGACGGGUGGAACGUCGCUCUCCACGGUUGCAGAAGUGAUACACCCGCCAUCAAAGCAGCCUCCCGUACAUUCCCCUCCCGCAAUUCCUGCUCCAUUAGGCGCCUUGCCUGCCUUGCCCCCGGUCCCGGAGACACAAGCAGCGCAAACGAUAGACACUGCAGAAAUUACCCCACGGCCCACUACCGCAACCAAGGACAGUGCCUCGGUACGGAGUCGCAGACUAUCAGGACAAAACGCCAAACAAUUAAAGAUCGAGACAUCUGUACAACCAGUCCCACCCGCGCCGCAUACCGAGAAACCCCCGGUACCACCCAAGGAGGUCCCAACAGACCUUCCGCCCCAACCCAAGUCUGCUGCCGCAUCUUUCAACACUACCAAGCCAAUACUGCCUGCGCUAUCGCAAGUCUCCCAGCAAGCCGGUCUCUCGGCCCCAUCACCGCAACCUACCCUCUAUAGUCCCGCAGAGACUAUUGCCACUGUGUCACCAGCUACGCCAGCGCUCAGCUACGCCGCUUCCAACGACCCCGGCCUUGUGCCAGGUUCGCCCAAGACCGGAAAGACGUCAGCGCUAGGAAUCAGGAAGAACAAGUCUUUCUUCUUAUCCCGAUGGCUCGAUGUGUCCAUCGGUACGCCGCUCAGCACUACCUUUUCCAUUACAGGACGGAAACCAAGCAAUGCCGGUCUACCGCUGCCGACCCCGAGUCUCCCCACAUUCAACGUCGAUGGACUACCGAGCGGAGGGAUGCACCUGUUCGAGAGCGAUAUCCACUCGCCUUUCUCACCUGGGUCGCCAAGUCCAGCAAUCACAAACGCACCGAUACCUCUUGAGCCGUGCCCAGAUUCGUACCUCCUCCGACCGUUCUGGCUAAUGCGGUGCUUCUACCAGACGAUUGCGCAUCCCCGUGGUGGAUACCUUUCGACCAAGCUCUUCAUUCCCCGCGAUGUCUGGCGAGUCAAGGGCGUCAAGUUAAAGAACGUCGAAGACAAGAUUGCCAACUGCGACAUGCUGACAGCUGCUCUGCAGAAGCUAGCUGCUGUAGACAUGAACGACGCAGAUGCCGUCUUGGACGAAAUGAACUCUCUGGAGACGAUACUCGACCAAAUACAGACUGUGCUCGCAAAGAAGCUCGGCAACGAAGUCGGCCUACAAUCAGUCACUGCCCUUUUCAAAGACGCAACUACCGUCGGCGAAGGGGCCGCAUCUACGGACGGCUUCGGCAAGGGCUCGCAUGGGUCGCAGGAGGCACCCAGGGGCGCCGUGGCACAGGGCAAGUCUUAUCUCGCUUCCUGGCGCAAACUCCGUUCCAAGAACUCUGGCGUCAAUCUCGCGGGUAUGGCGGGCGGUGCAAAAAAUCCCGAGGUGCCCAAAGAUACGCUCGUCAUGGCAACGCUGCCUAUGACCAAUCUACCUACGAUCCGCUUCGCUAAGAGAGACAUUUCUGGUGUCGUGUUUGAGGGCCCGAAUGCGGGCUACAUGGGUUCCUUGGCGCGCUUGUUUGAUGCAGUCCAAGUACUGGAUCAAAUCGCCCGCCAAGUCGAAGACCCAGGCCUCAAACACUCAUCCCCCACACACGUCGGUCUCGAACUGUCUGCCCGCCAUGCCGCAGAAUUCUUCGGCUUCUACAUCUGUCGCUUCGUCCUUACCGACGUAAUGCUCAUGCUGGAUAAAUUUAUCAAAAGGGGCAGUGAGUGGGUUCUGGUUUAAAACCGGAAAGGAAAGAAAACACAUUUUAUAUCCUCCAAAAGAUUGAAUCAGAAGACACUUUUGCUGCUGUUGCGAGCGAAAGACAAGACAAAAAAGAAGCGAGAAGAAAGAAGAAGCAAGAAAGAAAAGAGAGAGGGCUUGAGUGUUGAUGGAUUGUAUGUGUGUAAAUGUACGUAUGUACGUUGUAAUGAGAGGCUUGAGCGUUUC